CCUUCCUCUGAGGAGAACACCUCUCUCUCUCUCUCUCGCUCUUGCUCUCUUGCUAUCUACAAGAAUGGCUCCCAUCAUCAGCAUGGACUUUGCCAACCCAAAGCUUUCCAACAAGGAAAAGCAUAAACUGAGAAAACCAGUUGUGGAGAAGAUGCGCAGAGAUCGCAUCAACAGCAGCAUUGAGCAGCUCAAGGCCAUGCUGGAGAAGGAGUUCCACAAGCAGGACCCCAACACUAAGCUGGAGAAAGCUGACAUCCUGGAGAUGACGGUGGCCUUCAUGAAGCAGCAGCUGCAGUCCCAAAGCUCGGCCCCCCAGCAGGCCCACAGCGACGGCUACUCCCAGUGCUGGAGGGAGACCCUGCACUUCCUCUCCAUCAACUCCAAGGUGGACACCAGCCUCCUGCGUCUCAGCCAGUCCAGUCCACCUCGGGCUGCCAGAGACUUACCGCUAUCUCCUGUCACUCCGAAACUGAACCAGAUGUCACUGAAGCAGGGCGCUGUCACACAGAAGCCAGUCUGGAGACCCUGGUAGACAAAAACUCAUUCAGACUCUCAUGUGAACCUGAUGGAUGUUGCGUACCAUCAUGGUGUAGGAAAUGUAUAUUUCCAAAUGUUUAACGUAUCUACUUCUGUUCAUGUUGAAUUAGAAUAAGAAGUUGUGUGUUGAUGUUUCUCUUAAAGAGAAGCUAAAUGCUUAAUUGUCACUUCAUGUUGAAGUAUUUCUUUUUGAAAAUAAUGGAUUUGCCGUGCAUUUAAUUUAAAAUGCAACUAAAUAUCCAUAGCCUAUUUUGUAUCAUGUGUUUUCAUGUUGAAGAUCAUGUUGACAAUUGAAUUGUUACUCAGAAUCAGAGUCUCGUGUACAGUUCCCUUGAACCUUGAUUAUAUUUGAUCAUUUUGUGUGGACUAUAAAGGUGUCCCUCUUUCAUUUUAUACCACAAUGGUAUUAAGCAUUUUAGACACUGUGUGUCUGCAUUUGCCACUUAAU